CAAGAAUCGAGGUUAAUUCAAUAAAGAAGUCUACACAAGCUCAUAAUCUAAAUAGUGAUACUGCAUUUGUGCUUUGAUACUUAAUUAAUUGUCAAUUAUAAUUAUAUUCUACUGUGAAAAAAUGUCGUCAUCAGCUAAGGCGCAAAUCGACAAAGUUGUAAACCUUUACAAAAAAGUAUUCUUAAUUCCAAGCCUGGCAUCUGCUAGAAUAUCACCUGCCAAUGAUAAUACAAUUAGAGUGUCAUGCGCUCUUUCGCAACCUGUGCUGGAGACCAACUCCAAAGUUAAACUAGCUUUGGAAUUUGCUUUCAACUCGGAGUUGCAGCGAAUUUUCGAAUCCAGUGUCCUUAAUGUAUCCGGUCUCUUGACGGCUCAUUCCGAAGAUGGAAAAUUGAAAGCGGUAUUGGAAGACGUGCCAAAGGAUGGCAAGUCUAGGCAAUUUAUAAAGAUCCUGAGUGGGCCAAGGAUCUUGAAAACCUACGAUCUUUCAGCUCACGAUGUUCACGGGGAUGUUUACACUGAUGCGACAUUUGGUGCCUUUCACUUUUCGCCGGACAACAAAAAGUUGUUGUACGUCGCUGAAAAGAAGCUGCCGAAAUGCGAGUCCUUCUACAAGCAAAAGCCCAAGCCAAAGAAGCCUAAAAGCAAAGAUGAAGAAGAAGAGUCAAGCAGGGGUACAGAGUACGUUUACAAGCCAGAUUGGGGCGAGCAGUUGGUUGGCAAGCAUCUGUCGGUCGUUGUGAUCUUGAAUACUGAAGAUGACUCCAUAACUCCGUUAACUACCAUUCCUGAUGACUGUUUCCCCAGUCAAGUGCUCUGGGCUCCAAAUGGCGAGGACAUCUUUGGUGUCGCUUACACUCUUAACAAAAUACGUCUCGGACUGUACGCUUGUACCAACCGAGAGGCAUGCAUUUUUCAUUUGAAGGGAUCGGAAUUCAACAGAAUAACUGCCAAGGGUCUCUACUGUACUUCGCCAAGAAUGAGUCCUGAUAAGAAAAACCUCAUAUGGCUUGAGCGCGAAGUCGGUCCUGCUCACAAUAACGUUAAAAGACUGAUGUGUUUGAAACUGAAUGGUGCUAACGAGCCUGAUGUGCUGGUCGAUUUGGUGAAAACAAACGUUAUCAUUGCUAACAACAAAAAAUUCUACGGCCUCUACAAUGGAGCUUUGCCCAAGCGUUGCUGGAGCGAUGACUCUAAGUAUAUUUUUCUUAGCACACCUCAAAGAUCUACUGUCAAGUCCUAUAUUGUCAAUUUAGAAACCAAAGGGAUGACGGAAAUUGAAAGCAGCGAUGGUAGUAGCUUGAUGAUUGCUGAUGUAAAACUAGGCGUCGUAGCUUUUCACAAGAUGUCCCUUAUUCAGCCGUCACAGCUGUUGAUUGGAAAAUUCGAAUCUACUGGGCCAAGCAUUGAAAAGUUUGUUCAAGUCCUAACUACAGAUGAAUCCUUUGGUGAAAAUAAUCUCACGUACGAACACAACGAAUACGUCUACGACACCGACGAGCCCGUCAAGGAGUUCAACUUCACUUACUUUGGCAAAAAAGACGCGCCAGCCCAGUCCAUGCCUCUCCUGGCUGUGGCACACGGUGGGCCCCACGGUUCCUACAGCAAUUUGUUCCUUGAAAGUUACGCUCUAUUCGCUCUUCUGGGCUUCGGUAUCGUUCAUAUCAAUUACCGCGGCUCAACGGGCAUGGGUGGCGACAACGUCGAAUACCUGCUCGGCAAAGUCGGCGAGGUCGAUGUUCGCGAUUGCAUGACUGCCAUCGACAUGACCCUUCAGAAAUACCCUUGGCUCGAUCCAAAACGUGUCAGCGUAUUCGGUGGAUCUCACGGUGGUUUUCUGGGUGCUCAACUCACUGGCCAGUAUCCUGAUAGAUUCAAUGCAGCCGUUCUUUUAAACCCCGUGAUCGAUAUAGUGGGAAUGUACACCUCGACCGACAUUCCCGACUGGUCUCGAGCUGAAAGUGGUUUACCAUUUUUAGAAAAAAUUCCUUACGAUGCUUCUGAUGAUGAUUACUACAAAAUACUUGAGAAGAUGAUGAAGCAUUCACCCAUUGUUCACGUGAAAAAAGUUAAAGCGCCUACUUUACUUCAACUUGGAUCAAAGGAUUUGCGAGUGCCAAUGUCGCAGGGCAAAUUGUGGUAUCACAAUUUAAUCACCAACAAUGUUGUGGCCAAACUUGCGGUGUAUGAGGACAAUCAUUCAUUGAGGAAAGACGAAGUUGCAUUGGAUUCUGUAAUUAAUUCUGCAUUAUGGUUACUGGAACACAAUGGAAUAACUUUAGAAUAAAACAUAAGGAUCGAUGCGCUAAAAACA